AUGUCGAGCACACCCAAUCUUGACGCACUGGAGCGCGAUGGCUACGUCGUGGUGGAGGGUCUGUUGGACAAAUACAUGCUCCUGGGCCAGAAGGCGGCCUCCAAGUACCUGACUGAUGGAGCGCGGCAGGGCAAGUGGCCUUUCAUCCGUACCGUGGGUAAACAGUACCCACCAUGGCCACGCUGGGAGCAGGGCGAUUCACACAACAUCUGGGGUGUGCAGCAUUUACUUCAUCCCGACAUGAAUGUCAGAGACACUUUUGCCGAGCUCUACUUCUCCGACGAGGUGCUGGAUGUGGUCAAGGAGCUUGUCGGCUUGAAGGAUGACCCAAAGGCCGAUGACAAGUUGGUCAUGGAGCUGUUUAAUCUGCUGGUCUCGCCUUCGGACAGUAAGGACUUCGAGUUGUGCUGGCAUCGGGAUGAUGUGCGACCCGACGUCAGUCCCGAGGAGGAAGCGAAGCAGCUCAAGGACAAAAGCCCUGAUGGCCACCAGCUGCACGCGCAGUACAAUAUCGCCCUGUUUGACGACGCAUCUUUGAUCGUCAUCCCAGGCAGCCACAAGCGGGUGCGGACGGAGCAGGAACGUAAUGCAGAUCCAUACGAACCUCACUUGCCAGGACAACUCGUUGUCGAAUUGAAGCCCGGCGAUGCAGUGUUCUACAACAGCAACAUCCUCCAUCGCGGUACUUACAAAGGCGUCGAGUACGGCAUCAAGGAUCUGGGCAGAAUGACGCUUCACGGCUCCGUCGGACUGGCAGGCCACGGCAACGAGAGGGCACGGCAGGUCCUGCAACAUGCCGUCGGCGAGUGGGUUGAUCGUGCGGAAUUCAGCAUUGAGGGUCCCAAGGGGGAGCGCGCUGAGGCUAUGCGGAAGAGGCUCAUGGCUAUGGGCAAGGGUGAUGAUCUUGGGUUCUCACUUGUCGGUUGA